GAAAUCAGAAGACUGAAAGGGCAGGGCAGGGGCAUGGCAGCAGGUGGUGGAGGUGAUGGAGCCCGACCGGAUCUCAGUCGCUAUGUGGUGGCCCGGCCCAUAUACAACGAGCCAACCUUUCAAGAGGAGAAUGAGAGGAAAUUGGUGGUGUCCAAAACACUCCGGGAACGAGUCCAGAAAACUUGCAGCUGUUCAAGAAAUAAAGCCUUUCAGAUAACCAAGACCUUGUUUCCUAUUCUGGAAUGGUUGCCUAAGUACAGGGUGAAGGAAUGGCUCAUCAGUGAUAUAAUUUCUGGUGUCAGUACUGGACUUGUGGCUACUUUACAAGGCUUGGCAUAUGCAUUAUUGGUUGCAGUUCCAGUUGGAUAUGGCCUCUACUCUGCUUUUUUCCCCAUCCUUACAUACUUCUUCUUAGGAACAUCAAAACACAUCUCUGUUGGACCUUUUCCUGUGGUCAGUUUGAUGGUGGGCUCAGUAGUACUGAGCAUGGCACCCGAUGAAAAGUUCCUCAUCGUUAGCAGCAACAUCACAGGGCUGAACAAAACAAUUAUAGACACCGGAUCUAGAGAUGCAGAGAGAGUGAUUAUUGCCAGCACCAUCACCUUUUUGGUUGGCAUUAUCCAGCUAGUGUUUGGAUUUCUUCAGAUUGGUUUCAUUGUAAGGUAUCUUGCUGAUCCACUGGUUGGUGGUUUUACAACUGCAGCUGCAUUUCAAGUGUUUGUUUCACAACUGAAAAUAGUUUUAAAUGUUGCAACCCAAAAUUACAAUGGGAUCCUCUCCAUAAUCUAUACCCUAGUAGAUAUAUUUAAAAAUAUUGGAACCACCAACAUUGCUGAUCUCGUUGCUGGCCUGCUGACCAUUGUUAUUUGUAUGGUAGUCAAGGAAAUAAAUGAUCGUUUCAGACACAAGAUCCGUGUUCCUAUUCCUAUAGAAGUGAUUGUGACAAUAGUAGCUGCUGGCAUUUCAUAUGGGGUUGACCUGGAGAAAAAGUACAAUGCAGGCAUUGUUAAAUCUAUUCCUAGUGGAUUUUUGCCUCCUGAGCCUCCAGCUGUCCACAUGUUUGGAGACAUGAUUGCAUCUGCCUUUUCUAUUGCUGUUGUUGCUUAUGCAAUAGCUGUGUCUGUAGGCAAAGUGUAUGCAACAAAAUAUGACUAUGCUAUUGAUGGAAAUCAGGAAUUUAUUGCCUUUGGGAUCAGCAAUAUUUUUUCAGGAGCUUUCUCUUGUUUUGUCGCUACUACUGCUCUGUCUCGCACAGCAGUCCAAGAAAGCACUGGUGGAAAAACCCAGAUUGCUGGCAUAAUUUCAGCUGGAAUUGUACUGAUUGCCAUUGUUGCUUUGGGGAAACUGCUUGAACCUUUGCAAAAGUCUGUGUUGGCGGCUGUGGUCAUUGCCAACUUGAAAGGGAUGUUCAUGCAAGUAUGUGACGUCCCCCGUUUGUGGAGGCAGAGUAAGGCAGAUGCUAUGAUCUGGAUUUUCACAUGUAUAGCAUCCAUCAUUCUGGGACUAGAUUUGGGAUUACUUGCUGGUCUGGUGUUUGCACUGCUGACUGUUGUAUUGAGAGUUCAGUUUCCUUCCUGGGGUAGCCUUGGCAGUAUUCCUGGCACAGACCUAUAUAAGAACAUCAAAGAAUACAAACAUGUUGUUGAACCAGAUGGAGUAAAGAUUCUCAAAUUUUCAAGUCCUAUUUUUUAUGCUAAUAUUGAUGGCUUAAGAAGCAGCCUCAAAUCCACUGUUGGAUUUGAUGCCAUGCGGGUAUAUAACAAGAGACUUAAAGCUCUCAGAAAGAUCCAGAAGCUAAUCAAGAAGGGAAAAUUAAAAGCAACAAAAAAUGGCAUCAUCAGUGAUUCUGGAACUACUAAUGAAGCUUUUGAAUUUGAUGAGGACCCAGAAGAUCCUGAAGAUCUUGACAUUCCAACUAAAGAAGUAGAAAUUCAGGUGGACUGGAAUUCAGAACUCCCAGUCAAAGUCAAUGUCCCCAGAGUGUCUCUCCACAGUCUAAUUUUUGACUUUGGAGCCGUAUCUUUCAUGGAUGUAGUAGCAGUAAGAGUAAUGAAAAUGAUUGUCAAAGAGUUUGAGAGGAUUGAUGUAAGAGUAUACAUCGCAUCACAUCUAGACCACAUUAUCAAAAUACUGGAACACUGUGCCUUUUUUGAUGAUGACAUUAAAAAAGAGAUGUUUUUCCUGACUGUCCAUGAUGCUGUCCUCUAUAUACAGAAUCAGAGCAUGCAUAGAGACAUCCAGGACUCUAUAUUGGAAAAGAUUUCACUGAUGCAGGAGUCAAAGGAACCAAUAGAAUUUACAGAAACAAACCAGAAUGAGGAGCUUGAUGUUCAGGAAGAGGCUAUGCGCAGGCUUGCUUCAUGAAGGAAGACUAUUGAAUUCAUCAUGUCUGUGAACUCUGUGGCAAACAUGAACCAAUAUUUCAAGCAUUUUUAUCACUGGAACAAUUUAUCUUACCCUAGAAGGAAACACUUAUGCUACAGAUAUCUCAGACUCUAAUUUCUCCUUUUACAUUCUAUUCUUGAUUAACGUUAUUUGGUAAAUUUGUUCAAACCCUAAUUACUAGAGAAAUGGAAAGAUCAUCAUACCUAUAGCAAUACUGGCUCCUAGCUUUUGGGUGAGGACACAUGCAUUUCUGUACAUCAAUGUACAUAACCGGAAGGAAGGAAGGACGGACGGACUUGAUAUUAAUGCAGAAAAUGAUUAUGACUGCAAUCCUAAACCCAUUUAUAUGAGAGUAAGCACCACUGAGCUCAUUGGGACUCACUUCUGAGUAGAUAUUUGUAUAGCAUUGUGCUCUAAUACUCUGUUUAUACAAUACCAAGCAGAAUCUGAUGUCUCUAUUUCUCAGGGGUACCUUUAGGUGCUACAAUACUGCCAUAAAGGCAACAUUAUUUAUGACAGAUAAAUAAUGCAAUAAUAAAUAGUAAGAAUCUGUGUCCUGAAAAGCAAAUCUGGGCUCUUUUAAGUUGCUAACACAAAAGUAUCCAUAAAGUGCUUGGAAUAUACAAAUCACUUAUUUCAGAGCUAAUGAUCUGAUGUCUUUAUUUAUCCGUUCAGGGUAAGUCUCAGGCAAUGUUCCAAUUCUUGAUUUUUGUACAAGGUUUAAACCACUGGGAACAAUUUUUUUAAAAAAAUGUGUUCCAAGUCAAAUCCAAAUUAUAAGACAGUUCCAUUCUAGUUUACACUGCUAUGGUACAUAUGCAGUGUUCUCCCAAUUGCACUGCUCAAUGCGUUGGUGUAUUUUUGCUUGUUGUUUACUGAAUUGGGAAGGAAUACCAUGGAGUUGGAAGGGUAGGCCUGGAGUUCAGGUUUCGAUCUAUGCCAUAUUAUGCCUAAAGCUUUCCUUUUUCUUGCCUCGGUAUGUCAUAGAGUCCUGCUUUCUGUGGCACUUGUGGCCCCCAUGCUGCAGUUAGGUUGCCUGUGGUUUUAAUCUUUUUCAUCAGCACUGCCUCAGUACAAAUGGAAAAUAUUCUGGCAAAUAACAAAUAAUUGUUCACUGUGAUAAUUUGAAAAUUGUUGAUGAUGUAUCUAGAAAGACAUACUACUUUCAAGGCCUGCAACAUAUCCCUAAAUCUUGCUGCAUGAAUAAAUAAGCAUUAUGGAUGAAGUAUGAAGUAUGUUGUAGAGGGCAUUAUAAUAAUCUAGGAUGUUAUAUUCUGCAGUAAGCUAUAUUCAGCUUAAAAUGCUGAUUUGGUAAUACUUAAAAAAACAACAUGCACAGCUAGUAAUAACUGGAGACAACCAAAACAGCAACUAAUCUUCAAAGCAUUCUAACAAUAUAUACCUUGUGUAAAUGAAAGGGUUUGUGGCACCUCUGUGGUUUGAGGACCAAAAUCAGAUUUCCUAGGUCACCUAUCAUUUGUGCAAUUGAAAAAAAGUGCCAGUCUUACACUAACAAGUGCCUUAUUACAUGAAAACAAAUAAAUGUUUCUGCUGAAUUCAUUAACAGAAUGAAGAAUGCAUGAAAAAACUAUUUGGAAAAAUAGGUUUUUCAACACACAUACAAUAUCACCAUUUCAUUCAUAUAUUUAUACUGUAUA